GUUGCCAGAUCGCAGCAGACGCGUCCGGGCAAACAAUAACAAAUAUUAAAAACUGCAUAUUCAAGAUACCGUGAAAUGUCCAUGAUUCCAUUUUUUCCGACGCUCAAAGUCUCCGUGGCGAAUCGCUACUGGCUGGACAUGGCUCCCGCUUCCGUCAGCGAAGAAUCCCAAACGCGGCGCUACGAGGACGAACGCAGCAACUGGCGGGAGUCCCUCAAAACAGCCGGAACUGACCUACAGCCCCUUGGCAAGAUGCUUACCAUUCCCGGAAUAGAGACCGACGACGAGGACGCGAACGACGAUAGUGAGGACACAGACAGUCAUGACGAAGAGGACGACGAGACCAACGACCGCGUCAUCCCGGUCACCCAGGACUUCUACUCCGCCGACGACAUCCAGAUGAACGACGAGACCUCUCCCACAGCCCCCUGAAUGGGCCAACAAUGCUCUCCGUAUGGUGGAUACACAAUUAUUUAUUUUCGCGUCUUGUUCCCUUUACAAACUGUAACAAGUGUCGGAUACUUUAGGCUUAAAUAAAUUAAAACAUAGUAAGCAA